CUCACGGUCACGGACGGACCCAAACGCCGUCACUCUGCUCAGCUCCAGCUCCCCAAUCAAGCGAGGCAAAAGCCCUAGCCCGCGAGCUCCGGCGGCCGCCACUCCCUCCCUCCCCUCCCACGCACGAGCGGCGCGGCCUCCGUCCGCCCCCUCAAUCGGGGUCCAGCAAUGCCCCGGCGGCGGCCGAGGGCCGGGGAGAAGCGGAUGGACGCCGCGAUCGACCACUUCGCCGAGAUGGGAUACCGCAAAGCCGACGUCCGCCGCGUCGUCAACAAGCUCCUCAAGGAUGUGUAUGGGAAGGAUGGGUGGCCGUUGCUGGAGGGCAGUUGUUACUCCGUAGUGCAAGAAGCGCUCUUUGAGAUGGAGGAGCAGGAGAAGUUGCAGCAGCAGCAGCAGCAGCAGCAGAAUGAGGAUGAUGAUGGUGAUGAUGAGGGGGAGGAAGCUCAUCCGGAGCCGCAGCAGGAGGACGUGGAGGAGGAGGCUCCGCAGCAAGAAGUAGCAAUAAAGGAGGAACCGUCAGAAGAGUUCAUUCCCAUUGCGAUGGUUGUACCACCAUCUGAGGCAGUGCUAGCAGUUGGGCAGACAGAGGAAGCGGAACCCCCGCUCAUCGACCCACCUUCUCCCAGAGCUGCGUCGCCAGAUCCGUUAGCUACAAGAACUAGGCGCAAAAGGCCCCCCUGCUACGGAUGGAUCUCCGAGUCCGAGAGUGACUCGGAAUAUGAGGAAUAUGUCGCACGUCGACAGCAGCGGGUGCAGGUCCCGGCCAAGUAGACGGGCUGUAAGUGAAGACACUUAACAGAGAGGGGGCUGAUGCAAGGCGAAAGCAGGGGAACCGGCCUAACCUGCAGAAUUAGUAUAAGGCUAGUACUCUAUAUUGCUAGUAUGGACUAUGGAGUUGCAAUGGCACCGUGGCUCUAGUUUGUGUAUAUAUAUAUAUAUAUAUAUAUAUAUAUAUAUAUAUAUAUAUAUAUAUAUAUAUAAGUAAACCAUGGACUCUGGAGCAGACGCUUUGAAUGGCAGGUGCUGCUCCCAUGGAGCAUGUAAGAGCAGCAUAUAUGGAUGCUUCUGACUGUAAUUAGGUAGUAAUGUGUGCUAGGGUGGCUUGGCUUUUGACCACUAUAAAUCGUGGCCUUCUUGGAUUGGCCUGGGUGAAUGUGUCUGAAUCAAUGCAAUGUGGUUUAUGGUUUAUCUAUGCUUGAAAACGCUAGCUAUUA